AUGGCGGAGUCACUCCACCUACUCACAUCCACGAACCUAUCAAACCAUCGCGAGGCGUCGACUAAUAUCAAACUAACCAGUGCCAAGGCCAUACGAGAGCAAGGCGGCCCACCCCUAAAGCAGGCAGAUCUCGGACUCCCACAUCGGAAAUCUGGCUCGCCUAAAUCCUGCCGUGUCGUUGGCUCAGGAUGA